UUUCAGCGAUUUUCCCUGCUGUAAUGUUGAACGUCCUUUGCGUGGAUAUGUUGUGUAGCUAAGGUUAAGAACAACGAUAGUGACUUUUCCCAAACAUGUUAGAUGGUUUGUGUAGCCUUAUAUCACAGCCUCUUUUCAGUCAAGUGAAUUUAAGAUGUCUGUCAAUCUUUGUAUUUUAGCCCUUUCUCGCAUACCUAUCAAACACAGAGUGCGGAACGUUACAGCCCCUCUAUCAGCAACUGUUCACAGACUCUGGACUACUCACCCUGUAAAUUAUGUACAAGAAAAUGGAUUGUUGGGAGGUUCUCAGAAACGGAAUGUAUCAUCGAAUAGUUCAUCACGUCCCCCAGAUACCUCGUUAUUUGUGCCCAUCAGUGUAAAAGGUGAAACGGAUGGGGAUGGAUCAAUUGGACUUGAAUUGACUCAACCACUGGAUAAAGGUGAACUUUUGAAGGUUCUAAACAAAUUCUACAAAAAGAAAGAGAUUCAGAAACUUGCUGCUGACCAGGGUUUGGAUGCUCGACUCUUUCACCAGGCUUUCAUCAGUUUCAGGAAGUACGUCUUGGAAAUGACCGCGAUUACUGCAGAUCUGCACAUCAUUCUGCACGACAUCUGCUGUGGAGCAGGACAUGUCGAUGAUGUAUACCCAUACUUCAUUAGACAUGCUAAACAGAUAUUUCCCAUGUUGGACUGCAUGGAUGACUUGCGCAAGAUCAGUGACUUGCGUGUUCCAGCCAACUGGUAUCCUGAGGCAAGAGCAAUCGACAGAAAAAUCAUCUUCCACGCUGGCCCAACAAACAGUGGGAAAACCUAUCAUGCCAUUCAGAGAUACCAUAAAGCCAAGUCGGGUGUCUACUGUGGGCCAUUAAAACUGCUCGCUCAUGAAAUCGCCGAAAAGACCAAUAAUGCUGGCGUGCCUUGCGACCUGGUGACUGGAGAGGAGCGAAACUUUGUCGACCCAGACGGUAAACCGGCCAAUCACGUGGCCUGUACCAUCGAAAUGUGCAGCGUCAAUACCCCCUACGAGGUGGCCGUGAUUGAUGAGAUUCAGAUGAUCAAAGAUCUGUCUCGAGGAUGGGCAUGGACCAGAGCGCUGUUGGGAUUGUGUGCUGAAGAGAUCCAUGUGUGUGGAGAGCCCGCAGCCAUCAACUUCAUCAAGGAGCUGAUGUACACCACAGGUGAAGAAGUGGAGGUUCAUCACUACAAAAGACUGACGCCGUUUUCCAUUCUGGACCAAGCAGUGGAGUCGCUGGACAACCUGCAGCCUGGAGACUGCAUUGUGUGCUUCAGUAAAAACGACAUCUACUCCAUCAGCAGGCAGAUUGAGCUGAGGAGUCAGGAGUGUGCUGUCAUCUAUGGCAGCCUUCCCCCUGGCACAAAGUUAGCCCAAGCCAAGAAGUUCAAUGACCCAGAUGACCCCUGCAAGAUCCUUGUUGCUACAGAUGCUAUAGGCAUGGGAUUAAAUCUGAGCAUCAAGCGCGUCAUCUUCAACUCUCUGGUGAAGCCCACCAUGAAUGAGAAGGGGGAGAGGGAGAUGGACACCAUCUCCACCUCGCAGGCGCUGCAGAUCGCGGGGCGUGCCGGACGCUUCAGCUCCGUCUACAGCAAGGGCGAGGUCACCACCAUGAGCCGCGACGACCUGCCCAUCCUCAAGGAGAUACUGGCCCAGGCUGUUGAACCUAUAGAGACGGGAGGUUUGCAUCCCACCGCAGAGCAGAUUGAGAUGUUUGCGUAUCACCUCCCGGAUGCGACUCUGGCCAAUCUGCUUGAUAUAUUUGUCAGCCUGUCACAAGUAGAUGGACUAUAUUUUGUCUGCAACGUUGAUGACUUCAAGUUCCUGGCUGACAUGAUUCAGCACAUUCCGUUAAACCUGCGCUCGCGCUACGUCUUCUGCACGGCCCCCAUCAACAGGAAACAGCCGUUCCUCUGCACCUCCUUCCUCAAGUUCGCCAGACAGUUCAGUCGGAACGAGCCGCUGACCUUUGGUUGGGUGUGUCGGCAAGUCAGCUGGCCCCUGGCCGCGCCCAAAAACAUCAAGGACCUGGUGCACCUGGAGGCCGUGCAUGACGUGCUGGACCUCUACCUGUGGCUCAGCUACCGCUUCAUGGACAUGUUCCCCGACGCCAACCAGGUGCGUGAGGUGCAGAAGGAGCUGGACUCCAUCAUCCAGGAGGGCGUCCGCAGCAUCACCCGCCUCAUCAGGGCCUCGGACUCCCAGGCCAUGCUGGGACUGACCACCGGCACCGGCACCGGUACCGGCACCGGCCCAAACGGCGCCCAGAACUCCCAAAAUGAGAUGACGGGCCCCAGAGGCCGGGGCGCCAAGUCCACGAACCACAAGAGCCCGCCUGCGCCGGGGAGACUGGACAAGUCCCUGAGCUCCAAGCUGGUUCAGGAUGGACUGCUCACGCCAGAGCUUUUAGAGCAACUGCAGAGAGAGUGGGCUAAGAGAUUGAGCCACAAUGCCGACAAUGCCACAGGGAAGAAUAGGAAGAAAAAGAAGUGACCUCUGAGUGACCUCUGUCAAAUCAGACUGGGAUGCUCCAGCUGAACACUGUGUGUGCAUAUGCGUGAAUGCGUGUCUGUACGAUGCUUUAAAAGCUAAAUAUAUCUUAGAGCCGUCCUCAGAUGUUUUUGUUUUUUUUCACGUCUUAGGGGCUACGGUGAAUGCUCGAAACAGCAUAAAUGAGCAUAUAUGAUCAUGGUAAAGAGAAACACUGAGGUCCCAUCGUGUGAUAGAUUCUGCACAUAAAGGAAGGUUCCCCUGCUUGGUCCUGUUUAAAGUCAUCGGCAUACAGUAGAAGGUACUAUUUUCUGUGAAGUCUCGUUCUCUUAAGAGGCAAAAAGCGCUUAUGUGACCCCCAUCAGCUGUGAGAAUGGACGUCAGGGCACACGUCCACAAGAACAGGACACUAGUCUCAAAAUAAGUGGACAUUUGGGUAGUUUUUGUGAUAAAAAAAAAACACACCAGUGCCACCAAACACCAUUCAUAGUUUUAUACAAUUAAAUAUCCUUUUUGUAAACUGGGCUAACUGACAGAUUAUGCAUUGACGCUGUAUAAUAAAAUCGUAAACCCAU